CCGUCCAAAAUGGCCGGUUUCGCGGAAAAUAAACAAAACCAAGCGUAGGGUUCCAGAAAUAUACUUUAUCUCUCAGAAUGUCCCGUUGACAGUGAUGCUGCGCAUAGCUGCCCUCAAUGUGAGCAGCAGUGAUGGCAGUCACAGUCAGCCGCAUGGCCGAGAGUCAACAAAGGAAGCAAAGGAAGCAGAGGCGUUCUCACUGUAUAACCAAGCCCUAGAUCUGCUGCGGCACGGAGACACACAGCAGGCUGAGGAAACAUUUCGGGACCUCAUUGAUCAUGACUUCCUUGUUGAGGCAUGGGAGUGCCUGGAGGACAGAGGUCAGGAGGCGAUCCACCCGGGCCUGCAGCUGCUCUACUCCAUACAGAAGAACCUUGCAGCCCUUGCAACCACCAGGAAAGAUUACAAGGCUGCUCUUGAUGCUUACCUUGAGGCUGUAAAGAUCGAUAAUACGGAGGUGACAGUGUGGUACAAGGUUGGACAAACAGCCCUGGCCGUGGAGGACUUCCGACUGGCAAUGUUGGCUCUUGAGCAGGGCCUUGACUGCAACCCCAGACACUGGCCCUGCCUCGACACCCUCAUACCAAUACUCUAUGCCCUCAAUAACUAUGUGGAAUGCCUCUACUACAUUGGGAAAGCCCUGGAAAUGGAGGUUCACUACAUGAAAGGAUACGCAUUCAUGGAGAAAAUCUUCUCCGUGGAAACCACACUCAGGGCAGAAACUCAAGAAUUCUUUGAAAAUUGUGAUCCGGAAAUGCAUGAUGUUGAAAUUGACCCAGUUGAAGCUGAGGAGUAUGUAGAAGAGGCCCUGGAGAUGAGACGUCGUAACCAGAUUGUGUGUCGACCCCCUGAAUUUGAGAGGCUGCACUUUCCCCCAACCAUGAAGGAAUAUACAUGGAAGCAUGUUGGCAAAGUUCUCUGUGACCUCUACGAUAAAGCCAUGAAUUCUGAAAAAUUUAUAAGCAUCUCUCUGAAGAUGAAUGUUCCAGCAUACAGUCAACAAGCCCCUUCAGAGCAGCCAAUGGAGACUGACGUCCUGGAAGAUCGACUGGCUGACCAAGCUCAGGCAAUCAGCCCAGACACUGGACUACAGAGUGGAACUGACCAGGUAGAGAGUGCACAGGCUGGUGAACCACUUGAUGUCCAUGAAGAGAAGUCAGGUAGCCAGGUCACACCACACAGACCAGGGGAGCUGGAGGCUGGACAACAGGAUGGGACACCUGAUGGGCAGGAAGACUUUGCAGAGCAGCUCAGCACUGGCACUUCAGGCCAUGUUGAUCUUGAUUCCUCUGGAGGUUCUGAGAAAGCACAUAUUGAUUCAGAAGGAUUAGUCACCUCUAAUUACCAUGAAAAGAAGGAUGUCACACCUGACAGUGUCUGUGACAUUAAGGCAAAUAUCCAAGAAGCCAACAAGGAAGAAAAUAUGGUAGUUGACACAGAAGUUGAAAGAAUGGAGGUAAAUUCCACAGAGAAGGUUGAAGAAUAUGAUAUGGAUGUCAAAAGCAGUGAAGAUCCUUUAAGAGAUAGUAUUUGUAAAGAAGCUGAAGAAAUUGCAGACAAUGCUGUUGAAAUAAAACCAGAAAUUUCUGAGGAGGGAGAAGCUUGCCUGGAAGUCAAAAUGUUAACUGAUGAAAUGGUUGACAAAAUUGUCAGUGAAACCUGUGUUAAGAGAAGUACUUCACCAGGCAACAGCACUGAAGUUUCAAAGAUUGAAACAGAUGAAAAUAAUCUACUGAAGGUUUCAGAAAGGGAUGAAAAUAUUAAAGUUGAAAUGGAGACAGUGGAAUCUCAAGAUGGAGAUAAUUCUAUACUUGAAGCUCUUAGGAACACUCACUCGUUGUUGGACAGCCUGAGUCCUGUAAAAACUCCCUUGAGCCAGUCUUAUAGUGCCCACUCACCAUAUACCGGUAAUCGGACAUCAGAUAAACAUCUUAACCCACAAACUGUUGAUUCAAAACCAUUAAAUAAGUCUGGUAGUUAUGGUUUCAGUGUUUCAAACCUUGAAGAAAUCCGGCAUAGUGAUGAAGGAACUUGGUCAAAACAAGAAUCUCAAUCACAGAACAAUCUAUCAUCUGUUCCAUUAUAUUUAAGUCAAUCUGUUAUUACCAAUGUGCACUCAGGAAGAGAGAUGUCACCUAUUGUUAUUGAUUCUACCUCCUCAUCACUUUCAUUACUAGCAACUGACAACCCAAAUCCGGGUACUGUAUCCACAUCACCGCCUAAAAUUGGUUCAGGGGCAGACUCGUUAUCUUUUGUUGUAGACAGCUCCCAAACGGCUGGAUCAAUUUCAGAAUUGAUAUCUGCAGAAGUGGCAGCAUCGACUCCAGCAGAUUCUGGUGGGGUAAAAAACAAAGAAAAUAACUCUCAACCUGUGUUGCCUUCAGCUCCAAAUGUGAACUUAUUCUUUGACUCAGGAACAUCUCCAAUUCCUGUGAUACCAUCAGCUAAAGACACUCCUACCUCAGACACUAAUGGUGCUGCUAGGAAUGUUGGAGAACAUGCUCAGUGCAAUGGGACACAAAACAUGGCACUAACAGAUGAAGUGAGCAGUAACAAGACUGCAGUUCCAUUGCCAGUAGCCAUAGUGUCAGAAUCAAUAUCAGCUUCGUCAUCAUCCACAUCAAUAUCAGCCCAAUCACCUACUGUCCCAAGUAGUUCACCAUCAAGCUUGGUACCUUCAGCAGUUGUGUCAAGCCCAGGUGUUUACACACAGUCCUCUCCACGUUCGAUGUCCCGGUCAGACCAUGGUUACUCACGGUUGUAUUCGGACAUGCCACGGUCUCCCCGUUCCCCACGAGGGGUGCUGCUGGCAGCUGGCAGUGGAGGGGGUGCGUACAUUGAGGUGCCUAUUGACAUAGAUGAGGGGAAGAAGGGACAAAAGAGGAAGAGGAUGUCCCUUGCCACCGAGGAGAUCAUGAUGUAUGGCAAGAGGAGAUCUGCCCGGGUGAGGAACACAGGCAGAAGGAAGGAGGAGGGCACUGCCAACUUCUUUGACCUUCUACAGGCCUUCCUGCCUGCCAGCAUCAAGCCAGGCAGUGAUGAGGAAGGGAACACCAUGGAUACAGACCAGGCCAACUCCUCCACAGAGGAAAACAAGCACACUGACCAGGCAGGUGACCAGGCUGUGGUUGCCAUGGAGACAGGGACAUGGGAUGAGGAGGCCCUGGUACGGGAAUACCUGGAAAAGGCCAUCACCAAUCAGGGCCUCAUACACUUAAUGACCCUCUACCUUGCCUCACUCGCCCAAUAUCACAGUGUGAAAUGGCCUGCUGAACUGGGUGCAAUAUAUGUCGGAGUAUUUACACGAGUGAGAAAACACAUGUACAUGCCACGUAUGUUUGAUAACACAGACACUCCAGAGAUUUUCAAGCAAACUUCAUUGAUGUUGAUGAUGUGGUUGGAGCUAGAACUGGAUCGCUGGCUGGCAGAGCGUUCUCCUGGCAUGGUCGUCACCUCUCCACGCAGUCCUAGCCAUGAGGUCCUGUUGGAAGAUGACCUGCCAAGGUUCUAUGAUGAAGACUUCUGGUUUGUGCUGACCAUGUGUGACCGUGAUGAAGAUUUGGGGGAUGUCUGGGCUGCCCAUUGUGUCAGGGCAUACUGGGCUCAUGCAAGGUUCUGUAUUCUCCGUGGAAAGAUGGAGGAAGCCAUAUACAACUUUGAGAAGGCCCAGGAGUACCUGACUGGCAGUGAGGCUGAGCCAGGCCCUGGGAGGCUAUACCUACCCAACUGUGCCCUCGACCAGUGUGUCAAUGCAGAGAGUGUAGGUUGGCAGUUGGAGCAGCUUCAGAAAUCUCAGUCAGUGGAGGAGACCCAGCGCCUUUACCAGGCCGGGGAGUAUGACAGUGUUGUAGAUAUACUGCUCCAGACAUUUAACACUGACAAACACAAGAUAAUGCAAGUGGAUGCAGAGGAGAGGCAGUCCCAGCUCCAGCUGCUGCAGGAGUCCCUCUUCCAUGCUGGAGACUGGCAGAGGUGUAUCGUGUGGGGUGAGGAGUCGCUACAUGAAUGCUACCUGAAGUAUCAGCAAAGUAGUCGCAGUGAUCAGCGGGCAGGCUGGACAAACACCAUCAUAUCCAUCUUCAACUACCUCCUCAAGAGUGUACAAAAAGGUGGUGUUAUCAGUACGGCAUUGUCAGAACAGAAGUUGGUGCGCUUUUCCCAGACACUCAUUAAACUGAUAGAUCUUAACAUGUCGAUGCCAGAGAGUGCUGUGGAGAUGACAUUUGAUACAGUGUUGCCAUGGAUACUACUUUACCACAUCAUCAAAGAAGAUGAGGACCAGCGUGGCGAGACACUGGGUGGGAAAGACGGGAUCAGUUCUGAGGAAGACGAGAGUCUUGCCUCCUCCCACAUGCUCAACAUUGCACACGACUACCUUGGCAGCCGUAGCUGGUGCACAAAAUCUAACGGAGCCCUACUACUGUUUUACAUGUCUGUGUUGAAGCCAAGGCUAGAGGCUGAGGGAGGGGUCGUGGAGGGUGAUGCCUCACGUUUCAAUGAGGAUUACCAGCAGGCCUUUGAGCAGUGUGUCUACUGUCUCUAUGGCCACCCUAACAAGAAGGGCAAGGCCAGACACUUACAGGACCAUAAUGCAGCCAACAUUAGCCUAGAGUGGAGUGGGGCUGUGGACAUUUUCAACUACUUCAAGCCACGGUCACUACCAGAGUUUGAUGGUUAUCGAUCAGAGACUAUAUCUGCGGAGCUUGAGUUUCUCCUGAAAAGAAUCAUUCCAUUAGUUCCCGAGGAAUGUAAACACAUGGGAGUUCGCCCGGAGGAGAUCCAAAGCUACAUUGAAGGCUCAGUAAACACCCCACCCACUUUACCUGACAACAGGACAGUCACAGUGUCUGCAGUUGACGAGGUGUAUUACCUGCUUGCAGACUACUAUCUGAAGAACAAGGAGUCAAUGAAGGCCAUUCGCUUCUAUACCCAUGACCUGAGCUACACGCCCAACCGACUAGACUCCUGGGCCGGAAUGGCCCUCGCUCGCAUGAGCCAGCUGGAGGCAAAACUCAGCUCUGCUGAGCUGAAGAUGGACACACCAAUAUACAAGAAAUCAGUGGCUGCCCUGCGGUGCUUCAAGCGUGCGACAGAGAUUGAUAGCACAAACAGCAAGUUAUGGAUUGAGUAUGGCACCCUGGCCUACCAGCUCCACUCACACGCAUCCAGGCAGAUACGCUGGAAAAAGUGGUUUGCAAUGGAUGACGAGUUUGUAAGCAUAGCAACAGAGAGCAAACGUGAAAUGUUGGUAACGGCAACAGAAUGUUUCCGUGCUGCCGGGGAGAGUGUUGCUGGGGAACGUGAGGGCGGGGAGGAUGAAUGGCUACACAACUACAUGCAGGGCAAAUGUGGGGAAAAGGCACGCAGGCACCUUCGAGAAUAUAUUCACCUCUACUUUAAGGCUAUGCAGUGCCUACAUGAGGAAAAUGCCAAGUACCCGAGGAAGAUUAUGUUUUCCUACACCACACCACACCUGGCUGUGGAAGCCCUUGAGAUAUACUACCGUAUCCAUGUUGCCAUCCUGAAGUUGCUGUUGAAGCAUCUGGCUGAGGACAGUUUCCAUGACUACAAACUGUACGCCCACUGUCUGCUGGAGGCAGCUGCCCUGCCAUUUGUUGGCCGGGUUGAGAAGGGACAGAAAGUCAGAACAGAUCGAGAGUCUGCCUCAUCCGCUGAUGAAAGCUCCUGCUCAGAGCUGAUCACUCCAACAGAACCUGAAAAAGAAUCCUCAGACCACACAUAUUUCCGUCAGAAAAGUGGCUCCAAUGAAACCUCAGGGUUGCCAGCUAGUGAAGCCACCAAGACUGCCAUCCAGGGGCAAGUUGUGGAAAACCCCCCUGUCAAAUCUGUGACUACCUAUGAACUGUAUUCAGAGGAGCAAAGUUCAAAAUCUCAACCAGAUUUGACUGUGAUAUCUACAUCAGAGAAGUCUGUUAGUCAGCUAGAUAAUUCACUGUCCACCACUGCUAAUGUAUGUGUUGAAAAACCUGAUAUCAACAAAUCUCUUCCAUUCAGUCUUCCUGUAGGGGGUAAACCUGUACCUGAAAGUAGUCCAGCAAAGCAGCCCUUUUCUAUUUCCAGUAUUCUUGGUGAAGACUUAGACAAAAAAGGAACCUCAACCUCAGAAGAUAUGACUCACUCUUACAAUGCAAGUGAUAAAUCUGCUACAGUAACAACGAAUGGAACUGAGAAAAAAGUAGAGGACAACACAGAAAAGGCUGAAACUGAGUUGAUGGAAACAAAUGAGAAAUUUGAACAAGAGAGUAAGAACAUAGGUAUUGAUGGCACUGUGAAAGGUGAUGGCGAUGGUAAAGAAGCUGCUGUUGGUGGCAAGAAUAAAACUGAAGCAUCUAAUAGGAUAGAAUCGAAUGACAAGGGGGCGAUGGGGGAUAAAGCAGAAAAGGAAGAUGAACCAGAAAAAGAAGUUAGAAAUGUUCUGUUACACAUUGAAGACCUGAUAGAGUCAGAGCUUAACAGGGGAGAUUCCUCCGGCAAGAGUACCCCGCUGAGAGCAGCAACCCCUAUGGAUAUAGAUAAGGCUGCGGGAGAAAAGAAAACCACAGUUACACCCGGUGAGGUGCUGGCUAUGGAAUCUGAGAGCAGGUUGGAUGAUCAGAUCAACAACCUGCUCAAGAUGCCUGUGCAGGUUGUACACCAGGCACUGAUAGAAAAGUGCAAGCGGGCUCUGGAGUUGUGUCUGCAGAGGUUCCCCACCCACUACAAGUCCAACUACAGGCUGGCCUAUCUCUAUUUGCACUCUCCCUACCACAAGGACCUUGGUAAAGCCCAUGAUAUCCUGCUGGGAGCACCCAAAUGGCAGGACUUGCCCCAUAUGCCAGCACAGGGGCUUUUUGGGGAACGCAAGCUCACCAAGUUCUUUCAGGGUAUCUGGAAGAUCCCGAUAGAUGAGAUAGAUCGGUCUGGCAGUUUCCCUGCCCACCUGAAUCGCAGUAUUGAACUUGUGAUGGAUGUGUUGCGCCAGGAACAUGAUGCUGCCAACCUACAUGCUGUUCACCUGCAGCUUAACAGGCAGCCGGAACCUGGCAAGAAGUACCUGCGUGAUGCAGAGAAACGUUAUUAUGCUCUCACCUCCCAUCGUUACACUCUGGAUGCUGUGGAGCUGCAGAUAACAGACAUGAAGACAGAGACGGACUCAGACAAGCGGCUCGCCUUCCUUCAGACAGUAUACAAGGUGUGGGAGCAUGGUGUACACAAGCUCAACAAGUACCCUGACCGGGCCAACAGACUCCUCGCUGAAGCUUACAGAGUUGUUCUCAGGAAACUUGAGACCCUGCCUCCUAAGAUGCUAUUGGACCAAGCCGUUCGGUUCUGCAAGCAGCUCGUCAUGAAACCAAAGCAGGAUAAGUCCCAGGACAGCAGAUCUCAAUCUCAGAUGUCCAGCAGCCAGUUUGUUGCAGUCACCAAGACAACAGAGCGGCCAGUAUUUCCAGGGGAGAAGACAUCCCCUAGGGUCAGUCUGAUGAAUCUGAUGAAGAGCCAGGCCCCCACUGGCAGUCUUCUGAAGGGCGCUCAGUCACCUGUCUCCAUGGGAGCCCAGGGUACCUUGGUCAAACCUGCUGUGGUCGGGAACACACUGGAUGUGGACGUGACUGAUGGCAAAGAGGAAAUUUCAGAUGAUGUUAUUAUCUUGUCCGAUAGCUCUGUCGAUUCACCAGUGAAAGCAAAGCCAGAUCGAUCUUUGUUUGAGAAAUUCCUUGACAAGCCCUUAGUCUCAACUGCUACUGAGGGUGUAAACGCUGCUACCACUGCAGGUAAUGCCCCAACUGUCAAAAUCAAAGGUCUCUUGGCUGCAGUGAAAAAGCUGAAGCCUGUUUCAGGGGGCAGUGGAGAUAAUGAAACUUCACAGGACGAGUCUGCCAUGUCGGAAGAUGAGAGUGAGGCUCCAUUACCUUCGAAUGACAAUGAUGCUGAUGGUGAGUCCUCUUCCUCCUCUUCAUCAUCAUCAUCAUCAUCAUCAUCAUCAAGUGAUAGUGAAAGCAGUGAUGAUGAUUCUGAUGAUGAGAGGGAUGAUGGUGAAGACAGUGAUGCUAAAGCUGAUGUCCAACAAGAAAGUGUUACAAAUGAUGUGGAUGUCGAAAGUAAAGUUGAGAGUGGGGAUGAAGGUGAUGAGGAAAGUGAUGAUAAUGAUGAGGAGGAAGAUAGUGUUUCGAAGACAGUUAUCAAGCAGAAUGAACCUGUUAAGCUUAAAAUGAAGACUUUGCCCACUGAAGACGAGGAAGAUGAAACUAGCAAUGAUUCUGCUGAGAUUGACUUGAUAAGCAGUGAGGAUGAUGCGGAUGAUGACAAAGAUGAAGAUUACAAAGCCAGUGAAGACGAUGCAGAUGUUAUUAUGAUCUCAGAUGACGAGUUUGCACCUAGAGGCAAGGCCAUCAUCCCCUCCCCUCCCCAUCAGAAUGUGUCUGAGGGGACAGAAGUGCUGGUACGGGAUGUGCCAAGUUUUGACCCUAUAAUCUCCUCUUUGAUGUCGUAUGAGCUGGAGCAGGGCCCUGUUCCCGUGGGGUCACCUGUUCCUAACCGUAGCGCUUAUGAUUACACAGAGAUGGACAGCUAUAGAAACUGAGAUGGGAAUUGCAUUUCUUAUGUAAUACUUUGUCAUGAAAUUACCUUAUUCAUAUUAUCCAUGGCUUUAGCUUUCAUUUCUUAAAAAAGCUUUUAUAAAGAUAAAGGAGUUGGAAUAAUGAUAUACUGUUGUGUGCAUGUGGUUUUGUACUGAUAGUUUGUAGCUUAUCUGUCUGUGUUAGUUUUCGUCCACUGUCACUGGAUGUUGUCCAUUUUAUUGUCAAUAACGCAAUAAAAUAACAAAGUCUUAUGAACAUUA